ACGUCAUACUCACAAGUGGAAUGUGCACUUCCCACUCGCUGUAAAGUAAUAACUGUAAAAAUCAGCCAGAGGAAGCACUACAAAACACAGAUAUUGCAGCAAUGUUCUGCUCCCAGUUGUGAAGGAGAAUGAAGUAAGAGGCGGUCUCUGUUUACUGGGAGGAAACCUCUGCCAAGGAGCUACAAACUUCAACAAAAAAUGAUUAUCUUCCAACUCAGACAGGGAUUAUGAGCAGCCCCUCUUACAGUACCGGCAACAGAAGGAGACUUCAGAAAGAGAAUGCUCAGCUUCAGGCUCGCCUACAUUUUCUCGUAUAACCUGUUCCAGUUCUGUGGACACACAUGGAUACUGGCUAAUACCAUGGCCAGGUUUCUCACAUUUGGUCAAGAUGCCUUAGCAGACACAUUCUACUCUGUUGGCUUUGUGAUGAGUCUGUGCCAGCUGCUCUCCAUCCUGGAGCUUUUCCAUAUCGCAGAUGGGAUUGAGAAAGCCAGACUCUUGCCUCGCUUCGUCCAAGUUAUGGAGAAGAACCUCCUGCUGACCAUGGUCAUCAUGCUGGAGGAGAUCCAGAGUAAACCAGUGGUGUGUGCACAGUUCUUCUUGUGGAACAUUCUGGACCUCCUACGGUACCCACAUGAGCUGCUGUGUGUUAUGGAUACACCCUCCACCGCCAUGCUGUGGACUCGCUACACUCUCUGGAUCCCCUUAUACAUCCUGUCAGUGGCCACUGAAGGUGUCACCAUAUACCAGGCCCUGCCUUAUGUUGAGCCAACAGCACCAAACUCAUCCCCUUUGAAUUCAACAGUGCCAGCGCACGUUGGCCUCCCUGUCAUCCUGAUGCUCUAUCUGCCUGUUCUGGCUCUGGGGGCCUCUGUAACAGUCUGGCAACUGCUGAAGGAGAGACAGCACCACUUGGAGAAAUGGAACAAGAAGAUGAAAAAGAAAUGACACCUUCAGACUGAAUGUUUGGAUGGUUUAAGUCUUCUUUUAAAAGACAACAGGGACUGUUACUUUUUAAAUUCAGUGAGUUUGAUAUCAUAAAGAUGUGUGACCAUUAAAAUCUAUAUUUAAUAGAUGUUGAACUCAAGAGCCAAAAAAUCAAAUUCCACAUCCUUAAAUAUUUCCUGUAUUUGAUGAACUUUUAAUAGUCAUAUGUUGUUUUGACAGAGCACAUUCCUCAUGACGUCUUCAUAUGUGAUUGAAGUAGAGCAGGCGCUGCCGUUUCUGUUUAACAUCCUAAACGUACAGUUUGUCCAUGUUGCUGCAGUGAGUCUCAUACAUUCAGAGAUAUCUCUGCAUCCAGCAGGCAGACGCAGUCUCAGGGUGUUUAAGCUCCAGUUGUCUUUUUGUGAAGAACCUGUUUAUGUUGUCUGUCAUGGCUCCUCUGGGUUACCAUCCGUAUGCUCGGGUCCACACAGCUUUCUUCUUGAACUCAGCGGAGGACUUGAGGGCCAACAGGGCCGCUGAAACAACACCAUCACAUAAACCAUUCGGAACAAAUCCACUUUAUAAUCAAACAAGGAGGUUUCAUUUCUGCCAAGAAUGUUGUUUGCUCUUGUUAAUCUAUCUAACUAUAAAGCAAGCUGUGUGUGUGUGUUUGUGAUGUGUGGUGUGUGGUGUGUGUGUGUGUGUGUGUGUGUGUACUGCUGGGGUCGCAAUGACUUGCUUUGUGUCGAAUUUGGUGCAAUCUGGCCAGAUGGUGGCGCUAACGAACGUUACGUUGUGGCCUGUAACUUUUGAACCAUAAGUCUCAAAAACAAUUUUUCUCUGGAUUCCAGGGGUCAAGACAGAUCUAUCUAUUGAUUUGUGAUGUUCCAUUCAGUUUUGCUAUAGCUGGCCCUCAAAGUUUGCUCAACAACACCGCAAGCAGCAAUAACAGCAACAAAGCAGUCAGCAUGUUCUGAACGGACAAUAUCUCCAUUCACCGGAAUUGCUAAGUAACAGUAAAUCGAUUUGGUGCAAUUCGGACAGGUUCAAUAUCAAUAAACUGUGAAUACUGUGACUAAA